AGUUCCUCCGUCUCUUUACACCUUCAGCCAUUUUGACAAUGUUGGGAGCUGUGGGACGCUGCUGCACCGGAGCACUGCAGGCUCUUAAGCCUGGGGUCGCGCCCCUUAAGGCCCUCGCUGGAUCUCCAGCCGUGCUCUCACGCAGAGACUAUGUCGCACCUGUCGCCGCUGCUGCAGCCGCCUCAGGCCGCAUUGUGGCUGUCAUCGGUGCCGUCGUCGACGUCCAGUUCGACGAGGACCUUCCUCCCAUCCUCAAUGCCCUGGAAGUAGCCGGCAGGGAGUCCAGGCUAGUCCUGGAGGUGGCACAGCAUCUUGGCGAGAACACAGUGCGUACCAUUGCCAUGGAUGGUACCGAGGGUCUGGUCCGUGGACAGAGGGUUCUGGACACUGGCGCCCCCAUCAGAAUCCCAGUGGGUCCCGAGACUCUGGGCAGGAUCAUGAAUGUCAUCGGUGAGCCCAUCGACGAGAGGGGUCCCAUCACCACCAAGCACACUGCACCCAUCCAUGCUGAAGCCCCCGAGUUCACAGACAUGAGUGUGGAGCAGGAGAUUCUGGUGACUGGCAUCAAGGUGGUGGACCUGCUGGCCCCAUACGCCAAGGGAGGAAAGAUCGGUCUGUUCGGUGGUGCUGGUGUGGGCAAGACUGUGUUGAUCAUGGAGCUGAUUAACAACGUCGCCAAGGCUCAUGGUGGUUACUCUGUGUUUGCCGGUGUGGGUGAGCGUACCCGUGAAGGAAACGACUUGUACCAUGAAAUGAUUGAGUCCGGUGUCAUCAACCUGAAAGACAACACCUCCAAGGUGGCGCUGGUGUACGGACAGAUGAACGAGCCCCCAGGCGCCCGCGCCAGAGUGGCUCUGACCGGUCUGAGCGUAGCAGAGUACUUCCGUGAUCAGGAGGGUCAGGAUGUGCUGCUCUUCAUUGACAACAUCUUCCGAUUCACACAGGCUGGCUCUGAGGUGUCUGCCCUGCUGGGUCGUAUCCCCUCCGCUGUGGGUUACCAGCCCACUCUGGCCACUGACAUGGGAACCAUGCAGGAGAGAAUCACCACCACCAAGAAGGGAUCAAUCACAUCUGUGCAGGCCAUCUAUGUGCCCGCUGACGAUUUGACUGACCCUGCCCCCGCCACCACCUUCGCUCACUUGGACGCCACCACUGUGUUGUCCCGUGCCAUCGCUGAGCUGGGUAUCUACCCCGCUGUGGAUCCCCUGGAUUCAACCUCCCGUAUCAUGGACCCCAACAUCGUCGGAACAGAGCACUACGAGAUCGCCCGUAACGUGCAGAAAAUCCUUCAGGACUACAAGUCCCUGCAGGAUAUCAUUGCCAUCCUGGGUAUGGAUGAGUUGUCUGAGGAGGACAAACUGACCGUGGCUCGUGCCCGUAAGAUCCAGCGUUUCCUGUCCCAGCCCUUCCAGGUGGCCGAGGUCUUCACCGGUCACAUGGGCAAGCUGGUGCCCCUCAAGGAGACCAUCAAGGGCUUCAAGAGCAUUCUUGCCGGCGAGUACGACAGUCUGCCCGAGCAGGCCUUCUACAUGGUGGGCGCCAUCGAGGAGGUCGUUGAGAAGGCACAGAAGCUGGCUGAGGAGCACGCAAACAAAGACUAAACAUCUGUGAGAAAAUAGGAGGGAAAAAGAAGAGGGGUUCUGCGGUUAGGAGCACUUGGUUUGUAAAACAUGUCAAAAUACAAAUGUACCUGUCUAGUCAUCCUGAAAAGUUCUAUUUAAUGUUUCCAAUGGAAGAUGGAAUAAAACACUGUCUUUACACAAAACAACUUGUCAACUGUUUUUACUAUAUGCUUAAAAAGUUGUAGAGAAUCUUGUUCCUAAUGGUGGAUUCCAUGAAGUUGCUGUAAUCCACUCUGAACACAAGAUGGCAGUCUUGGUCAUGUUGAGUUAUCUGAACUGUGUUGCAGCUUGUCACGUGCUGAAAUAAAACAGUGGACAAACAAAGUG